CAGGGUGAUGAGGUUUUUGACGCCGCUCCGCCGCUCUGGCCGUAUAAAAAGGUUAUCCAGCCAAACGGAAUCGGACCGCGGUGUGAUCAAUAAGAACCGCGUUUGCCCCCGAAAUAGUGAUGUCGUUGGUACCGGCAAGUGGAACUGGCCGAUUUUGGGCCCGCUCGGCCAAGAUCAUCCGCUUCGUGCGCCAGGGAUGCACCAACCGGCCGUUCUUCCACAUCGUGGUUAUGGAGCGGCGCAAGGAUCAAUAUCAGCCACCGAUUGAGCAGGUCGGAACGUACGAUCCGAUUCCGAACGAGCACAACGAGCAGCUUGUAUCAUUCAACUACGAGCGCAUCCGGCACUGGAUAGGGAGUGGGGCGCACAUCUCCCAACCGGUGGCCGAACUGUUAGGUAUUGCCGGUUUGCUGCCCAUUCAUCCACGCACCUACAUGACGGCCUGGCGCAAUCGGCAGCUCGCGGAAAAGAUGGCCCAAAUGGAGGCGGUCAAAAAUGCAGAAAACCCCGGGGGACCUAGCAGUAGUUAAUGCUUUUCUGUCGCGUAGCAGACGGUCGUUAAAUGUUUAGAAUAAAAGCACGUCUUUUAAGUACACCCA